UGAGCGCACGGACCAAUGGCUGCCGAGUUCCGCCGAGGGCUGCCCAAUGAGAGGCGGCGGGGGGCGGGCCCAGGGCGGCGGCAGCGCCCGGGCCCCGCGCGCUCCAUGGCGGCCGCUGCCGGCCCCGACGAGGCGGACGAGGCGGUGCGGGGAACGUGCGAGGACGCGUCCGUCUGCAAACGGUUUGCUGUGAGUGUUGGCUACUGGAAGGACCCUUACAUCCAGUAUUUUGUGAGACAAGCCAAAGAAAGGAAAGCACCUGAGAUCAACAGAGGUUAUUAUGCUCGUGUGCACGGGGUCAGUUACCUGAUCAAGGCUUUCCUGGAGAAGACAGAGUGCAACUGCCAGGUUAUUAAUCUUGGGGCUGGCAUGGACACCCUGUUCUGGAGACUGAAGGAUGAAAAUCUUCUCCCUAGAAAAUAUUUUGAAGUGGAUUUUCCAAUGAUUGUUGCCAGAAAAAUCCACAAUAUCAAAUCAAAACCUCCCCUGUCAAAACCAAUUAUGGAAUCCCAUUCAGGGGACUCUCUUCUAAUAGAUUCCCACAGCCUGGACUCCAGCCGAUAUUCCAUCCUGGGGGCAGACCUGCGCUGCUCUGCAGACCUGGAGGAAAAGCUGAGGAAACAUGGCCUGGAUGGACAUUUGCCAACGCUGCUGGUGGCUGAGUGUGUGCUGGUUUACAUGACCCCCCAGCAGUCUGCAAACCUGCUCAGGUGGGCAGCAAGCACCUUCCCCGUGGCCAUGGUUAUCAAUUAUGAGCAGGUGAACAUGGGCGAUCGCUUCGGGCAGAUCAUGAUUGAGAACCUGCAGCGCCGGCAGUGCAACCUGGCUGGGGUGGAGCUCUGCAGCUCCCUGGACUCCCAGAGGGAACGACUGCUGGCCAGUGGCUGGGAGCACGCCCGAGCCAUCGACAUGAUGAAGGUGUACAGCCUCCUGCCACAGGCUGAUGUCAAAAGAAUAGAAGCCCUUGAAUUCCUGGAUGAAAAGGAGCUGUUUGAACAACUGAUGCAGCACUACUGCAUCUGCUGGGCUUCCAAGGACAGCAGCGACCUGGGUCUGGCAAGCAUCGACUUCUGAGAGCUGCAGGGAGGGGAGCCCUGGGAGCCCCUUGGCUGGCCCAGGAUGAGGAAGGGAUGGCAUUUGGCAUUUGGCAUUUGGCAUUGGCACGGGGCAGCGCUGGGCCAGCUCCUGGUGCUGCUGCUGGGACAGGCCUGGUGCCCUUGGGGGGCACAAGGAAUAUUUUCUGUGAGCAGGACUUGCACAAGGUGUCAGGAACUCGUGUUUCCAGCUUUGCCUUCCUUAGCUCCGAGCUGAACGUGAAGUGUUUUGGGUUCUUUGAUUUCCCUGUCUGUGUUUCUGUGGGUGUGUGCCACGUGUCUGUGACAGAGCUGCAGCACAGGGUGCCUGAGCAGGGGGGAGUUCUGAGCAUUUCUAUUCUGUUCAGGUCUCAUUUGGAUCAAGUGUCACCUCCAGGGCUGUCCCUGCUCCUGCAGGGGAGGGUGGGGGAGAAGGAGGGCCCUGUGUUCUCUGGGGUACAAGGAACUGGAAAAUAAACUCUGUUUAACUGGGAAGGGCUUACCUUGUGGUUUCAGCACUGAAGAAAGAAAUUCAUCUCAAUUUGCACUGCUUCUGGUAUUACCUUUACACCAGUUCCUCCUUCUCUCUUUCCCCUUAACAGAAGCAAAUCAAAAUCCCAACAGCAUUAAAAGCCCUUGUCCUGUUGUUUAAAAUGGAAUCUUGUAACCUUCCUAUGAGAAAAAUAAUAAAUGUUUAAUAUUUAUAA